CCUUCCUCCCACGGCCGCUCUCCGUCCGCCGGGGCGGGCCCGGGAGCGGCGGCGGCGAUGGGCGGUGGGGCGCGGGAGGUGGCCGGGUACCUGGCGGCUCUGGCCGGCUGGGUGGCGGGGCUGGCGGCCGCCGUGCUGCCGCAGUGGCGACAGAGCUCGUACGCCGGGGACGCCAUCAUCACGGCCGUGGGGCUCCACGAGGGGCUGUGGAUGAGUUGCGCCGCCCAGAGCACCGGGCAGGUGCAGUGCCGCCUGCACGACUCGCUGCUCUCCCUCGAAGUUCACAUCCAGACAUGCCGGGCUCUCAUGGUCAUUUCUCUCCUCCUGGGCUUCUUUGGCAUCAUCGUGAGCGUGGUGGGCAUGAAAUGCACUAAAGUUGGGGAGGAGGAUCCUGUUACCAAAAGCCGCAUAGCUGUUGCUGGAGGUGUUCUCUUCAUUCUCUCUGGUACGAAUUCGGCUCUGCUCUCUUCGUGGGCUGGGGGGCCGCCAGCCUCUCCAUGUUGGGGGGAUCCCUCCUGUGCUGCUCCUGCCCUGCCAAGGAGCGCCGAGGACAGCAGUACCAUCAGCAGUCACAGCCCUCCACAGCCCGGGAGUAUGUCUGAGCCCUAACCCUACGCUCCUGCUGCCCAGUGCCUCCCUUCCCUCCCAAAAAGAGGCAAGACCCUGGUGUUCCCACCCUGCCUGGACCCUGAAUGCCCCGUGAGACCUUUCCCCUUCUUAUCUUCCAGGUUUCAGCACCAUUUUCAGUGCCAGCCUCUAAAGUAGAGGUUUUAAGUGUCACACCUCUCACGUCCAUCAUUGCUGUGUUCUCCUCAUCUGGGCGGGGUGGUACCCCCCAGCCCCACAUUAUGGCCAUGCAAUCUCUGUCGGUCACAGGGAUUCUGUGGGGGUGCUGCAGGGAGGCUGAUGCCAGUGGCACAGGGGCACAGAGCCAGCUGGCCAAUCCCACAGGGGUGUGCCACACAGAAGGGGUUUGUACCAUGGCCACCCCUCUCUCACAUCCUGUUUUCAGGAGCAAGUGGGGAGGAAAGCCAGUGUUUGGUUUUCCUUGGAUGAGGUUUUUACUUCUAACAGCACCAGCCCAACUUGGGAUUCAAGCAUCCCUACACCCCGUUCUUGGCAGAGGGAUGCUUUUAGGAUGCAGCAUUACCCUUCCUCAUUGCUACUGAAAAGUAACAGUUUAAAAUUAUUAUUAAUUAUUAUUGAUUCCUUCCUGGAGGCCAGUUGCUCCAGCUAAGCUCUGCCAGCCCAAACCUGCCUUGGACUCAUUCCUGUCCAGGACCAGGCUGUGUCUUGUUAAACAAUAAAUGGGUUUGGGCAAAUUAAAGCAGCAAAAAGGGGGUCUGAAAACAAAUUAUUUGGUUUUGGUUGCAGAUGGACAGAGCCCUGAAUUUUGGUGCCUCCCUGCUGGGUCCAAAUCCCUCUUCCCCUGCCAAGAUCCCCUAGAGCAGACAGUGAAGGUUCCAAAUACAGCCUGCUAAUUGCCUCCACCACUUUGUACCUCUAUUCUACUGCUACUAAUUGUUUUGUAACUGCCAAAGCUCCAAUUUCAUCUGUAAAUCCUCCAAACUCUCUGUAGUCCAUCCCUCCAGCCCUACUGCAGGUGUUGCACCAACCAACCCACAGGGAAGGACACUGAAAAUUAUCCAA